GAAGCAGGAAGUGUUGUCAACGUGUCAGAGUUAAAAACAGUUUUCAGAGGAUUUAAUGUUGUUCAGACGUCAUGAAGAUAAAUGAGAACAUUUCACUGGAGGGACACAGAGUCCUGCUGGUUCCUUACAAUGAGAAUCACGUGUCCAGGUAUCACCAGUGGAUGAAGUGUCCUGUGCUGCAGCAGCUGACGGCCUCCGAGCCGCUGACCCUGGAGCAGGAGCACGCCAUGCAGAGGAGCUGGAGGGAGGACGGAGACAAGUGCACGUUCAUCAUCCUGGACAAGGAGCUGUGGACGGACCCCAGCGUGGAGGAGGUGCAGUGCAUGCUGGGAGACGUCAACAUCUUCCUGACGGACCCCACGGACCCGUCCUUGGCUGAGCUGGAGGUCAUGAUUGCAGAGGCCAGUUACAGAGCGAAGGGCCUCGGGAAGGAGGUGACACGCAUGAUGAUGAGCUACGGUGUCACCAAACUCGGGGUCAAAAAGUUUCAAGUGAAAAUCGGGCUGGACAACGAGAUCAGCGUGGGCAUGUUCAAGAAACUUGACUUCCAGGAGGUGUCGGUGUGUAAGGUGUUCAAAGAGGUGACCCUGGAGAUGACGGUGGACGAGGACGUGCGGACGAGGCUCCUGAACGACACGGCCUUCAUGAAGGAGAGGGACUACACACAGGCCUGCAGGGACAGACAGGAGCUGCUCUCACAGUGACACGUGAAGACGUCUCAAAGACUUUGUGAAGGAAACACCCGGAGACCAGACUGAAAACAGAUGUUUGCUUCAAACACAUGCAGCACAGUCCUCUAUUUAAUGUCUCUUGUCUGUAACACUAUGAUUCCUCAAACCCUGCAGAGGUAACUGAGUACAUUUACUCAAAGUACUCAACAUAAAUAGUUUCAAGGUGCUGGGAUUUCUGCUGCAUCGUUUACUUAUAUAUACAUUAUAUACUUAUAUAUUCUCCUUCUCUGCCUGGAGGUACCAGUUUCACUAUGUGCCCACAUCAGUAUUGUACUUGCACGUGAUUAUUCGAUGACUAUGUUUUGUAAUCUGAUUUUAAAAAGGAAAAUCAUGUAGGAAAAAGAAGCGUUUCCUUUUGUAUCUCUUGUAACAUUUGUGUUUCAUGUUUGUCCAAACUGCAGCAUCAGGCGACACACAAACAACAAAAAGACAAACUUGACAAUCGUGUUUCUUGCUGUGCAAAAGCCAUUUAAUGACGCCGACGAUGAAGCUGUACAAAGGCAGCGAUUUCAGAAAUCAGCAACUGAAACCAAAAGAAAAAAGGAAGUAAUCCGUCCGCGGUCUUUAAUUUAUUCAUUUUAGAUGUUAAAUAAAAACCUC